GCCGCUGUGCGGUCUCCAGCGCCGAGCGUCCCUCGCCAUGCCUCGGAAAAUUGAGGAAAUCAAGGACUUUCUGCUCACAGCCCGGUGGAAGGAUGCCAAGUCUGUCAAAAUCAAGAAAAACAAGGAUAAUGUGAAGUUCAAGGUUCGCUGCAGCAGGUAUCUUUACACCCUGGUCAUCACAGACAAGAAGGCUGAGAAGCUGAAACAGUCCCUGCCCCCUGGUUUGGCAGUGAAGGAGCUGAAAUGAACCAGACCUCUCUGUUUUGACCAUUAAAA